AUGGUUGAGUUGUGGAAAUUUAGUAAGCGAAUGCAGCGAGAAGGGGAAUCUAUCGCCGAAUUCAUUACAGCACUGCAGCGGGAGGUGAAGUAUUGCGAGUUUGGUGAAUAUCUUCCGAAAGGACUGCGAAAUCAGUUAGUUUUCGGCCUGCGAAAUCAUCGUAUUCGCACCCGGUUGAUUGAGGAGAAGAAUUUGACCUUCGACAAGGCUAAGCAGAUUGCACUAUCGAUGGAGGCUUCUGGCGAGGGGGCCGAAGUACUGAAUCAACGUAUGCAAGACGUCAACUUGAUGGACCGUAACUCCCAAUCACGACGAGAUACUGCAGCAGUUACCGCUGCUAAGAAGGUAACUAACCCUACUAACAAGUGUUUUUGUUUUCGGUGCGGUAGUGAGGCACACUUGGCAGACAAGUGUGAACAUAAAAAUAAAGUUUGUAGUUUGUGCAAGAAGGUAGGCCAUCUAAAGAGAGUAUGUCUCAGCACCAAUGAACCGCAUAAACAAAAAUUUAAAAGCAAGAACAAAUCGAAGAAAUAUUCGACCAAUCUGUUAAAUGAUAGUGUCGAUUCAGAACUGGAAUGCACAGAUAACGAUCAGGUUUACGUUGUUGACGUAUGUAAGAUUGAAAAUGACUCCAAAGAUUUAUCUAAAAUUUUCCUCAAGGUAAAGGUUGGUGAAUCACUGGUCCAGUUUGAAGUGGACAGUGGUUCCCCCGUAUCUUUAAUUAGUAGUACUGACAUGACAAAAUACUUGACUGACAUGAAGAUACAACCAACGGACACUGAAUUGCGAAGCUACUGCGGGAACAAAAUUGAAGUGCUUGGUGUUGUGGAACCAAAGAUCGUUUACAAAGGUCGAACAAACAAGUUGCGUUUGUUCGUGGUCAACUCUAAGCGGCACCCGUUGCUGGGGCGUGAGUGGAUGCGAGAGCUACACUUAGACUGGAAUAAGAUUUUGAGGGGCUCUGUUAGUUCGGUGGACAAGAUCACCUUGCGCACACCUCCAACCGGCGUGGUUAAACAAUUAUUUGAAGAAUUUUCGACAGUCUUCGAGGAAUCAAUGGGUAAUAUUGAGGGAAUACAAGCUGCGUUGCAUCUUAAGAAAGAUUCGAAACCAGUGUUUCUUAAAGCACGUUCUUUACCAUUUUCAAUUCGCGAUACAGUGGAGUGCGAAAUUCACAAGAUGGUGAAAAGCGGGGUUCUCGUAAAAGUGAACCGCAGCGAGUGGGCAACACCGAUCGUACCAGUAAUGAAAUCGGCUAAUAGAGUUCGCUUAUGUGGCGACUAUAAACUGACGGUGAAUAAGUUUUUGCUAGUAGAUGAGCAUCCUCUACCUACAAUAAACGAAAUGUUUUCAAACAUGGCUGGUGGUGACAAAUUUACCAAACUGGACUUAGCACAAGCUUACUUACAAAUGACAGUUCGGUCAGACGAUCAACCAAUGCUGACAUUAAAUACCCAUCUUGGCCUGUACCAACCGACUAGGUUGAUGUACGGGGUUGCUUCCGCACCUGCCAUUUUUCAGCGAGAAAUUUCACAAAUUCUUCAAGGAAUACCUGGUGUGACGGUAUUCCUGGAUGAUGUCAAAAUUACUGGUCCAAACGACGAAGUCCAUCUGUGUCGUUUGCGGGAAGUCUUGAAAAGAUUCCAUGAACACAACAUGCGUGUGAAUGUAACCAAAUGUGAGUUCUUUGCUGACAGUAUCGAAUAUUGUGGAUACACCAUUGAUCGCCAUGGAGUACACAAGAUGCAACAAAAGGUAGAAGCAUUACAGAAGAUGCCACGUCCGCAAAAUCGGGAACAAGUUCGUGCAUUCUUAGGACUGGUGAACUACUACGCUAGAUUCAUGAAGAACUUGAGUACGAAGCUGUAUCCAUUAAUCAAUCUACUGAAGGACAAAACGCCAUUUGUAUGGACUGAUGAUUGUGAACAAGCUUUCUUAUGGGUUAAGGUUGAGAUGCAAUCGGAUCGCGUGCUAGUCCACUACGACGUUAAUUUACCGCUGAUGUUAGCCACUGACGCAUCGCCAUACGGGGUUGGAGCGGUAUUGAGCCACAUUUACCCGGAUGGCAGUGAGCGACCAAUUCAAUACGCUUCACAGACACUGAAUACUACUCAACAAAACUACAGCCAGGUAGAUAAGGAAGCAUAUGCAAUUAUUUUUGGUGUUAAAAAACUCCACCAGUACCUUUUCGGACGGAAGUUUAUCUUGGUAACGGAUAACAAACCUGUUGUACAGAUCUUUUCGCCAAAUAAAGGACUACCAACACUUUCUGCGCUGCGUAUGCAACACUAUGCCGUGUUUCUUGAGUCUUUCGAUUUCGAAAUUCGCUACCGUGCUUCGAAGAAUCAUGGAAAUGCUGACGGGAUGUCACGCUUACCUGUUACCGACCGAAGUAAUCGCCACCAAGUGGAGGAAGUCGACAUUGUGCAAAUCAAUCAGAUUGAAACACUCCCAGUGAACGCGCAAGAGCUUGGAGAGUUAACAAGCAGAGACAAGAGUGUAAGGGAACUGAUUCAAGGACUGAAAACUGGAAGAGCCGUUGAAGGUCGUUUAAGAUUCGGCAUUGAUCAGAACGAGUUCAGUAUGCAUGGCGAAUGCUUAAUGAGAGGUAUCCGGGUUUAUAUUCCUUUUCCGUUGCGCAACCGUGUUUUGAAAGAGCUGCAUUGUGGUCAUUUCGGUGUUUCACGUAUGAAAUCUCUCGCGAGAUCGUAUUGUUGGUGGGAGAAUAUUGACAAGCAUAUUGAGGAAACAACUCGAAACUGUACAGCUUGUGCUCGUGUUAGAGCAAACCCUCGUAAGGUCGCGGUACACUGUUGGGAACGACCUUCAGAACCAUUUCAAAGGAUUCAUGCAGACUUCGCUGGACCAUUCAUGGGGCUGAACUUCUUAAUUAUAGUUGACGCACAUAGUAAAUGGCCUGAAGUGAAGAUUAUACCGGAUAUGACCACGGAGACAACCAUCGAAAGAAUGAGGGAAUAUUUCGCCACUUUCGGACUUCCGUCGGUCUUGGUAACUGAUCGAGGUACUCAGUUCACAUCGGAAUGCUUUCAAAACUUCCUAAAGAAGAACGGGAUAGUACAUAAAAUGGGAGCCCCAUACCACCCUGCUACGAAUGGGCAAGCGGAACGUUAUGUCCAAACGUUCAAGGAUAAAAUCAAGGCAUUAAAGUGUCCACGUUCCGAGAUUCAUGUUGAGCUACAAAAGAUACUAAUGGCAUAUCGAAGAACGGUGCAUCCUUCUACAGGAAAAAGUCCUUCAAUGUUAGUGUUCGGAAGGCAGCUCAAGUCAAGGAUUGAUCUAAUGAUACCGAGAGGGGAUAAACCAAACUAUCUCCGAGGGGGAGAGGAAGUGGUGCGCUCGUUCACAAUCAAUGAUAGAGUAGCUGCUCGAGAUUUCUUAUCGAUUUCCGAGAAAUGGAGGUUUGGUAAGGUUGCCGAAAAGAUAGGAAGACUCCAUUACAUGAUCGAAUUAGAUGACGGAAGAAUGUGGAAACGACAUAUUGACCAGCUGAAACCAGGACCCGCGAAUCAAACUGCGCAACCGGCGAUCCAGAUCCCAACUGACAUCACAAGACGUUGUAAAGCAGCAACACCAUCUCGAGCAAACACGGAUGCACUUCAGCCGAAAACAGAGCUUGACACAGAUUCAACUAUAGUUUCUGACGACUCCGACGAAGACGCUUAUUCUACAAGAGACUUUGGACGCUGUGGACCAACAACACCUUGCAGUACUAUAGGGGGGACUGCUGAAGCAGGUUUAGACUCAAACGGCAAACGGAACGCCCAACCCAAAACAAAUGUCGAAAUUGCUCCCGAUAGUGUUCGUCGAUCGAUCCGCGAGCGGCGACCUCCGCGUAGGCUGAAUCUAUAA